AUGUCUGGCUCUAUGCCAACCAUCGAUCAAGGUGCUCAUGCAAGUUGGGACGCUCUUCGAGACCAACAGCUUAGUAUAGAGCUCGAAGACUAUGGCGAUCCAACCCGAAACACCGAGGUGUCAUCAAGACGGCUGGCAUUGAUGGAAAAGAUGAGACUACUUCGUUAUCCGCACGAUCAAUCGAGCGGCCAAGUGCCGAAUGCUCAGCAGCCUCCAAACGACUAUAAGGGCAAGAGAGUGUCACCAAGAUUCGGGAGUCUCUCAAGCUGCAACAUCAAAGAUGGAAUUGAGUUCCAGCUUUGGUCUUUAGAAGCCAACCGGCUUCUUGACUGCAUGGAAGACACUGAGGGCAGCCAAAGCUCUUCGAAGACUGCGUUCAUUAGCUUGAUACCUGGCGGAAUCACUGCCACUAACUUCAAUCAGCUUAAGUCCCUUGCCGACCGACUACUUUGCGCCCUCGCCAUCUAUGGUCUCAACGAUCAAGAAGCCCUUGCCGACCUUGAAUUUUCUCGCAAACACCGAGAUAUGGUCAUUAUCUCGCAUAGUCGGAUGGUGCUGGAAGAUCGAACGAGCGGGUUCAAGAUGCCCAGGAAAAUCAACUUGGCUCGCAGAAAUGAGCCUUCCAACUCAAGAGCUGAACCGGCCAUGGAUGUCUUGGAAUCCGAGCUUCCGAUAUUUUACGCCCUGAUUGACUACAUUACGAACACGUUGGCUCGAAUCAUGUCUUUCAACCCCGAAGUGAAGGCCGGUCUCAGAUUGGGAUCUUCCUGGCAUGCCAUAACGUUGACUUUGCUCGCGAAGAUGUCGGCUAAGAUGAAGGUCCUGGGGCAUAACCUGCCAGGCUAUGCUGCAGCAGCUCUUCGCGAACAUAGUGACAGGAUCUCCAAGGAAAAGAACUUUCGAGUGCCUUAUGGAGGAGGGUACUCUCUGUCCUCUGAGCAAGGCCCUAUCCAUUAUUAUGACUCUGAGUCCGAAACCGAACUUGCAGACCAAGUUGAGAUAGCAGCUCUGCCAGCUCCAAAUGAAACCAUCAGACCGGAACGUCCAUUUCCGAGGCUUGUGCCUCGGGCGAUAUGGAAAGACAAGAACAUCACUCGCCUGACGCACUGA